CGAUGGCUCAACCCUCCCGCCCAGUGGAGGUCCCCAUGUCCCAGCGGACUGAGGUCCAAUAUGCACCAACCCAACAGUACAACUCGGGGACUCGCAUCUUCCAGCAGCCUAUCUAUGCAAGCGCCAAUUUCGAGCAGUUAAGCUUCCACAAAAUCAAGCCUACCAGUGCUGCUGCGCACCAAUUCCAAGAAGGUGAAUUCGUUCCCUUGGGCUUCUUCGAUAAGGUCGACCCGGCCCUUUUCAAGCUGCCCGCCGGAGAAGUUGAAUGGUUAUAUGAGAAGCGCAGAACAGCCCAACAGAUCCUCCCCUUCCUCUAUCUGGGGCCCUGGAGCUGCCUCUCGGAAAGAGACUGGCUCAACCAAGACGGUAUCACUCUCCUUCUAGCCGUCCGAGACAGACGACUGGCCGUGGCGCGCCUGGUGUCCGGCGAGAAAGCCGCCGCGGACCUGGGCAUCGUGGCCGAUUCCGUGGAUAUCCAGGACUACCAAGAACUCAUAACAGCGCUCCCCCAGGCCAUCUGUCGCAUCAACGAACAUAUUGCCUCCUCGGCCCCUUUGGGCCUUAACGGACGCACCGAGAAAAAGGUCCUCGUUUUCUGUGAAACGGGAAACGGCUCGUCAGUGUUGGUGGUGGUGGCCUACUUGAUGGUGAUGCUGAACCUCGGUGUAGCACAGGCCUUACAGGUGGUCCAGUCGCAGCGGUUCUGCAUUGAUGUGGACGAGUCGGCAACGCAGCUGUUGCUGGCAUUCGAAGCCAUCAUUAACGCUAAACGGGAUGUCGAGAGAGUGCGCCGAGCAAGUUCCCUGGAUGUUUCGGUUCCUCCAAAAAAGCGAUCCCACGACCGAGAUACUGACGAGAACGAUGUCGAUGAGUACAUGGCUGUGGACGAGACUAGAAAACCAUCGGCGCCAUUUCAAGAUCGUCCUGCCUACUAAACAACCGAUCUAUUUCCGUGCUCCGCUGGUAGGAAGAUUGCAUUAGAGAAGAGGGCCAUGAGGAGUAGUUGGUAAAGACGGCUGGGUGGAAUUAUGGCUUCUUUUCUUGUGGUUUUCUGAUGUUCCCU